AUGUCUCCCAUAUUUGUGCUGUGCGUGGUGGCGUUGGGGCUGGUGCUAUGGGCCACCCGGUUCCACAAACAACGCUAUAUACCCGGGGUGCCUAUCGUCGGAGGCCCAGGAAAGAUUAGAGAGAACCGGAAAUUGUUCGUCACAGAGGGCAUGGCUAUACUGCGGCGAGGCUACGAAGAGAACAAAGAUCGCCUGUUUUAUGUCCCGACGCCAAUUGGCGAGCGGCUGAUCCUCCCAAGCCGCUAUCUCGAGGAGCUGAAGGCGGCCGAUAUGCGCCAGGUGGAUUUUCAAGCCACCUUUCUGGAGAUGUUCGAAGGCUCAUAUACUACUCUGGGGACACACUCGCGAUUGUUACCUCAGGUUGUGCGGGCGCAGCUCAACCAGCAUCUCGGUGAGGAAAUCAAACCCCUGCGACAAACGACAGACACAGCUAAUCCACCGUUGACACCAGCCAAUGUCCUCCCCCAGAUCCAAGCUGAGAUUCGGGAGUCGCUGACUGAAGUGCUCCCUCCGUGCGAAGACUGGACGGAGAUUAACGUCACGGACGUCAUGGCCGUCAUCAUUGCCCGUGUGUCCAGUCGAAUGUUUGGCGGAACAAGGCUUAGCCGCAACGAAGGAUGGAUCCAGGCCUCUCUCCGUUUCGCACAUGAUGGCUUUCAGGCGGCCACUAAACUUAAGAAAUGGCCCGGUCUUUUGAAGCCAAUCGGCCAGUACUUUGUCCCGGAGAUCACCUCUAUCAGGAAUACCUACCGCGUGGCGGAGAAUGCCAUCGUACCACUUCUUGAGGAGCGAGACAGGGGAUGUCAAAAGAAAGAUGCCCAUGACCUAGUGGGUUGGAUGUACGCUCAGGCGGAAGGCGCGGAGAAGAGCAAGAAGUUCAUCGCCGGCACUCUACUAAAGGUGAGUUUCGCAGCCUAUCACACCAGCGCCGCGGCUCCUACUCAGUUAUUAUUCGACCUGGCCGCCCGCCCAGAGUAUAUUCCUGCCUUGAGGGAGGAAUUUUACGCGGCAGACCGGGAUGCGGUGGGCAACGUUUCCGUCAAGGGGUUUGCAAGUAUGAUGAAGAUGGAUAGCAUCAUGAAAGAAAGCCAGCGCUUCAACCCGCUACUCCUUCUCACCUUCGAACGGAUUAUAAAGCAGGACUUUCGUCUCUCAGACGGCACGGUCAUCCCAGCAAACACGUGGGUCGGCAGCCCUGCUCAGGCCAUCGCCAUGGACGCAGACCUAUACCCAAACCCAGACACAUUCGAUGGCUUCCGCUUCGCCAAGUCGACGACAACGGGAGCCCACGAGGCCGGCCGCAGGAUGCCCGCAAUCGUCAAGGGGAAGCCUCACUACACGUCUGCUCACCCGGGGUCGAUGGCGUUCGGGUACGGCCAGCACGCCUGUCCCGGCCGCUUCUUUGCUAUGAUGGAGAUCAAAGCCAUCACCGGGGAAAUCCUGAAACGGUAUGAGCUGAAGCUCCCGGGGGGAGCACGUCCGGCGAGCGUCACGUUCGAGACACAACAUCUACCGAAUCCCGACGGGAGAGUGCUGUUUAGAGCCAGAAGGGAAUCGCAAGUUAUUUAG